UUUUUGCAUGUUGUUGAAUUUAAUGCCCUUCACCAAAACAUGAAACCCUAAAUCUGUUUCAAACGAAGAAGAUCUUUUCCAUUUUUUGGGUAACCCUAGUUUCACUGCAAGCCCCUCUUCCAGGGCCAUUUUGUUCAUUGGAUAUACAUGCAAAAAUACUACAAAGUCUAGCAAUGGCUGUUGGCACUUGCAUGACACCUAAAAUACAAGAGGAUGACGAUGAUGAUGAGCCGAUUGUAUUCAGAAGAACCAAGGUAACACCAAAGCAGAAUCAAGUAAACUCUGAAAUAAAGAAGGUAUCAUUACAAAGGCAUGAUGGAUCUUCCCAAAGGCACGAGGGAUCUUCCCAGAAGAAUGAUGGAUCUUCUCAAAGACGGGAUGGUUCUUCUCAGAGACAUGAUGGUUCUUCUCAGAGACAGGACGCAUCUUCUCAAAGACGCGAUGGAUCUUCUCAAAGACAGGAUGGAUCUUCUCAAACACGUGAUGGAUCUUCGCAGAGACAGGACGGUUCUUCUCAAAGACGUAAUGAUUCAUCUCAAAAACACUGUGGGCCAUCAGAAAGGCCUAGUCCUGGAACAGCUUCUCCUAAUGGUCAAAACUCAAAUUUGCAAAAGGGAAAGAUGGUUUCAUCUUCAAAAUCAGCACCACUCAAGUCACCUUUAGCUAAUCCGAAGGCAUCAACUUCCGUACCAGAGAAGCCGAAACAACCGCCUACGCAAAAUUCACGAAUAAAUAAUAAUGAAAAGAAGUCUUUGAAUAAACCUUCUGCCAAACAAAAUGUCGAUUCUGAGGAUUCUGACGAUGAUAAGCCCUUGAGUGUCAGACUUCUGGUGUCCACCCCAGCAUUGCAGAAAAGCAACUCUCACAAUGUUGCUAAGGUUCAUAGUCCACACCUUCCCAGUUCCAGUAAAAGAUCUGUAGAAGAUUCUGAAGAUGAGGGUCCUUUGUCUGCAACGUUCAAGAUGAAGUCAGGGGGAGAGCCGUCUGUUAAGAAGGAAAUUGAAGAGAAACCUUUAGCUUCCAACGCGAAGCAAAAUGGCUCUAAAAAGCCAAAACUAUCAGAGUCAUCUGUUGCAGCUAAAGCAAAGCAAGUGUCUGUGAAAGCUGAAGUCAAGAUGGAGGACGACGAUGAUGAUGAUGAUCUUCCGAUCGCCGAGAGACUGAAGAAGGCAGCUGUGUCGGCAGCUAAAGCAAAGCAAGUGUCUGUGAAAGCUGAUGUCAAGACGGAGGAUGAUGAUGACGACGAUGAAGAUGAUGAUGUUCCAAUUGCCGAGAGACUGAAGAAGGCAGCUGUGUCGGCAGGUACAUCUCAACCAAAGAAGAAAACAAUAACAAAGAUUGUUUCCUCUUCACUUAAAACGUCAAAGAAAUCAAAGAAAAUAGUAAAGAAAUCACAAUACUCGAAGUGUGUAAAGCUACAGCGCAGUCCCGGCGAUGGACAAAAGUGGACUACCUUGGAGCACAAUGGUGUUAUUUUCCCUCCAGACUACAAGCCUCAUGGUGUGAAGAUGUUGUACAAUGGACAACCUGUUGAUUUGACUCCUGAACAGGAGGAGGUUGCAACAAUGUUCGCAGUGAUGAAAGACACGGAGUAUGCUACGAAGGAGAAAUUUGUGGAGAACUUCAUGAAUGAUUGGAGAGGGAUACUCGGAAGAAAUCAUAUAAUUAAAAAGUUUGAGCUUUGUGAUUUCACCCCUAUCUAUGACUGGCAUCAGGCUAUAAAGGAGAAGAGAAAACAAAUGACCGCGGAAGAGAAGAGGGUUGCCAAAGAAGAAAAACUGAGGCAAGAGGAGAGAUACAUGUGGGCUGUUGUUGAUAGUGUGAAAGAGAAGGUUGGAAACUUCAGAGUGGAACCACCUGGGUUGUUUCGUGGCCGUGGAGAGCAUCCUAAGAUGGGAAAAUUGAAAAAACGCAUUCGACCAAGUGACAUUACAAUAAAUAUUGGAAAAGGGGUGCCAAUUCCGGAGUGUCCAAUUCCUGGUCAAAGGUGGAAAGAAGUUAAGCAUGAUAAUACCGUUACAUGGUUAGCAUUUUGGAUUGAUCCAAUCAAUUCAAAAGAGUUCAAGUAUGUUUUCUUGGAUGCUAGUAGUUCACUGAAAGGGCGAAGCGACAAGGAGAAGUAUGAGAAAGCUAGAUUACUAAAGGACUACAUUCAUGAUAUUAGAGCAAAUUACACAAAGGACUUCACAAAUAAAGAUCUUGGGAAACGGCAAAUAGCAGUGGCGACGUACCUUAUCGAUAAGUUGGCUCUCAGGGCAGGAAAUGAGAAGGAUGAUGACGAGGCUGAUACAGUUGGUUGUUGUACGCUGAAAGUGGAAAAUGUUAAAUUAGUUCCUCCAAACAAAUUAGAGUUUGAUUUCCUUGGUAAAGAUUCUAUUAGAUAUCUAAAUACUGUUGAUGUCGAGCUUCCAGUGUACAAAGCAAUCGGACAGUUUAAAAAUGGAAAAAAUGAUGGCGAAGAUCUUUUUGACAAGCUUGAUACUAGUAAACUGAAUGCUCAUCUCAAGGAACUCAUGCCUGGACUCACUGCAAAAGUCUUUCGUACCUACAAUGCGUCGAUUACUUUAGAUGACCAGUUGCAUAAAAAUACCAAGGAUGGUGAUGUUGGAGUGAAAGUUGUCGUUUAUAACCUUGCAAACAAGGAGGUUGCAAUUAUAUGUAACCAUCAACGUACUGAAUCAAAGUCCCACACUGCACAAGUGGGAAAAUUUCAAGGCAAUAUACAGAAGUUGAAGAUUGACAUAGAUGUCCUAGAGAAGGAUUUGAAGAGAGCCAAAAAAGGAAAGCCUCCACUUCGGAAGUUUGAUGAAAUAGGAAACAAAAUUGUGCAGAAAAACUUGGCCCCUGACGUAAUACAGAGGAAGAUCAAUAAGACGUAUGAGAGGAUUGAGAAAAUGGAACGUGAUAUUAGUGCAAAAGAGGAGCUUAAAACCGUUGCAUUGGGCACAUCUAAGAUUAAUUAUCUUGAUCCUAGAAUUUCAGUUGCUUGGUGCAAGCGGCAUGAUGUUCCCAUUGGAAAGAUAUUCAACAAGUCACUUCUGGCGAAGUUUGCUUGGGCAAUUGAUGUGGAUCCUAGUUUCAGAUUUUGAUAUUAAGGUAAACAGAGCUUGCCUGAGUUUUAGUCGCAGACAGGCCGUGCCUUUCCACCUUGGAUUUUUCCGUUCUCUACUCUUCUCAGUCAGAAUUUACAGGAGUUGUAUGGGAACUUCUCCCGCAGAGGUCUUAUGGACUAGGCCAGCUAGGCCAUUGCCUAGAGCCUCAAAUUGUUGGGGUUUUAAAGGUUUCUUACUACAUGUUUGUUUUUCUUCUCAAUAUAGGUAGUGCUGGCUAGAUGAUAUCUAAAUUAGUGGUCUAACACUAAUCAGCUGUUAUUGAAAGCCGUUUGUUGUUUAAACACCCUGUACUGCUUUCCGUUACCAUCUAGCCAUUAUUACUUCAUUUCUGUUCCUUUUUAUGUAAGAACACUACUGCAUUAGGUAAUUCUCUCUCAAACUAAUUUAGAUAUCCUCCUUUCCAGUGAAUUAAUACAAGAUACGAUGAAUAUCACUCUA